UCUGGUGCAGCAGUAGCUGCUAGAAGCCUAGUACACUGCCUCCCUCUCUCCUCCUGAGAUCCGGUCGAGGUCGCCGGAGUCGAUCGCCGCCGUGAAAGAUGAGGAAGCGGGACCUGGGCAUCCUCCUCCUCGCCGCCUUCGCCGUCUUCUUCUCCCUCCAGCACGAGGGUGAUUUCUCGUUCCGGGAGGCGUGGUACCACCUCUCGGACGACGGGUACCCGAUCAAGCACGACGCCGACCGCCUCCCGCCGCCGCUCGUCGCCGACCUCAACGGCGACGGCAGGCCCGAGGUCCUGCUCCCCACCCACGACGCCACCAUCCAGGUCCUCCAGCCCCCGCCAGCGCACCACACCGCCACCACCCUCGACGACUUCCGCGAGGCCCGCGUCAUGGCCGAGAUCUCCCUCCUCCCCGCCAACGUCCGCGUCGCCUCGGGCAGGCGCCCGGUGGCCAUGGCCGUCGGCACCGUCGACCGCUCCUACCAGGCCGCUCACGUCCACAAGCAGGUCCUCGUCGUCGUCACCUCCGGAUGGGUCGUCAUGUGCUUCGAUCACAACCUCAAGAAGCUCUGGGAGGCCAACCUCCAGGACGACUUCCCCCAUGCCGCGCGCCAUCGUGAGGUCGCCAUAUCUGUAACGAAUUACACACUCAAGCAUGGGGAUGCUGGCCUUGUCAUCAUCGGAGGGAGGAUGGAGAUGCAACAUCACUCGGCAGAUCUUUUCGAUGACUUUAUGAACUCUGAACACAGCAGGGAAGAGCACCGUAGAAGUGCCAGUGAGAAACAGGCUUCGGAGGGCAGCAAUGUAGACGUGCGUCAUUUUGCGCUUUAUGCCUUUUCUGGUCGCACUGGCUCAUUGAGAUGGAGCCGGAAGAAUGAGAACAUCCAGUCACAGCCAUCAGAUGCUUCAGUGAUGAUACCACAACACAAUUACAAGCUUGAUGUUCACGCCCUUAAUAGCCGCCAUCCUGGUGAGUAUGAAUGCCGGGAAUUCAGAGAAUCAGUUCUUGGUGCCAUGCCUCAUCAUUGGGAUAGGAGAGAGGACACUUCCCUACACCUUGCACAAUUUAAGAAGCAUAAAAGGAAACAGUUAAAGAAAACACAAGGAAAAAAUGUUUUGAAUAACGUGCACAAGCCCAGUGAACAUAAUCCACCCGGAAAGGAUGAUACUACUAGACUAACCAAAGCGAUCGGGAAAGCUGCAGAUCUGGCUGGGUCAGCUAAAGGGAAAAAGUCUCUUAACAGGCUUUAUAUUCCUACAAUCACAAACCAUACUCAAGUUUGGUGGGUUCCUAAUGUUGUUGUUGCACAUGAAAAGGAAGGGAUUGAGGCUAUUCAUCUAGCAUCUGGACGUACAAUUUGCAAGCUUCAUUUGACUGAAGGAGGUCUUCAUGCAGAUAUUAAUGGAGAUGGAGUUCUAGAUCAUGUUCAGGUUGUCGGUGCAAAUGGUGCUGAGCAAACUGUUGUUAGUGGGUCCAUGGAAGUCCUAAAACCCUGUUGGGCAGUUGCUACAUCGGGUGUACCAGUUCGGGAGCAACUUUUCAAUGUUUCGAUCUGCCAUUACAACCAUUACAAUCUGUUCCAUCAUGGUGACUUCUCAAGAAGUUUUGGGAGGACAUUUGAUCCAAGUGGCUUAGAGGUGGCAACACCUAUUCUGCUACAGAGAGAUGAUGGUCAUAAACACAGAAGAGGAAGUCAUGGUGAUAUCAUCUUUCUAACAAGCCGGGGAGAGGUGACCUCGUACUCUCCAGGUCUACUUGGUCAUGACGCGAUGUGGAGAUGGCAACUAUCGACAGGCGCAACAUGGUCCAACCUUCCAUCUCCAUCUGGUAUGAUGGAGAACAUCGUGGUUCCUACACUCAAGGCCUUCUCUCUCUGGGCGUACGACCCGAAACAGGUGAUCAUUGCGGGCGGCGACCAGGAGGCCGUGGUGAUCUCUCCUUCUGGCAGCUUACUGGCAUCCAUCGAACUCCCAGCGCCUCCGACCCACGCGCUGAUCCUCGAGGAUUUCUCGGGCGAUGGUCUAACUGAUGUGAUUCUGGUGACGUCUGGGGGAGUGUAUGGUUUUGUGCAGACGAGGCAGCCUGGGGCGCUCUUCUUCAGCACACUUGUCGGCUGCCUGAUAGUCGUGAUUGGAGUGAUAUUCGUUUCUCUGCACCUGAACUCGCCAAAUGGUGGUAAACCCAGGUCGUCGAGUGGCCACCGGUGACAUGCUGUAAUGUGUCUUCUGUCGAGAGAGAUUUCCAGCUGUGUGGAGCUGUUAUAGUGUUGGAACUAGAUUAUCAUAUGCUACUAGUUAGCUGGCGGUGUUUCACUUAUGUGAACUUUCCACAAGGUGUAUGUAUUUUUGGUAGUUAACUUAUGUUGUAUGACGCAGAUCCUACAUGGGUAUAGCUCUGUUACUGAAGACUAUCAGUUCACAUA